AUGCAGUACGUCAGAAGCCUUAGCGGCUCUGUGUCGAAGACAUGGAACUCAAUCAACCCCGCCACCCUGAGUGGAGCUAUUGAUGUGAUUGUCAUAGAGCAAGAAGAUGGAACCCUUGCCUGCUCGCCUUUCCAUGUCCGCUUCGGAAAGUUCUCGCUUUUGCGCCCAUUUGAAAAAAAGGUGGAAUUCAAGGUCAACGGAAUAAAACAACAGUAUGCAAUGAAGCUAGGAGAAGCGGGUGAGGCAUUUUUCGUGUUCGAAACCACCGACGAGAUCCCCGCGUCACUACAAACUUCCCCGCUAGUGUCGCCCGCUAGCAGCCCAAAGGUGCCCACCGAUGAUUUUACGUCUUCGCUUCAGGAACCCGAGUAUUUGGACUUGGAGAAGAAUGGCGAAGCGGUUUCCGAGGGGGCAAAGACCCCACCAAAUAUCCCGAUAUCGCGACAGGCGCGAGCUGCAACUGAUCUAGGCACAAUCACGCCCUUGUCGCGCUCUCCCGAUGGCUCGGAUCUAAACCCUUCGCAUCAUGAUCCAUUCAAUGCCCAUCUAAGUAAACCAUCUCUCGACCAUUCGGUAUCUGAAGAUUUACUUUCGACGGGCCUGCCUCGGGCUGCGACCGAGCAGCUAUCCUCUUCUCCAACCGGCUCUGCCCAGGACGAUGAUGCUGAACGAGCCCGUUCCCGCAGUCCACCUCCGGUGUCCGUGGAAGAAGCAAUGUCGCGUGCAAUUUCACUGUCCAAGAAGCUGACUGGUUCCAACAUCCAAUCGCAUGUCACAGAAACAGGCGAUCUGAUGUUGGAUAUGACUGGGUACAAAAGCAACGAGGAAGAUGCCCUUCGGGCAGAGGUUCUCGCCCGCAAGAUCCUCGCAGAGGAGCUGGAAGGAAGCUACGAUAUUGGUGCGCUCAUUGGAGCCGACGAGCAUGGGAACCUCUGGAUCUAUAGUAAUGAAGAGGCAAAAGAGGCAGCUGAUCGGAGAGCGGCCAUCAACUCUAUGCGACCCAACACAGUGCUAAGCGAUGAUGCAAUUUCGGACCCAGGGUAUCACAGUGAGGGUGACCAUGUUAAUUCGGAGUCACCGAUUGGGGUCCGCCACCAUCGAACCAAGUCAGAUGUUGCAGGCUUUCCAACACCUCCGCAAACGCCAAUGCACGAUUCGUUUGCUACUGAAACCCGCAACUAUGCCAAGACAUUGCGGUUGACAAGUGACCAACUCAAGGCUCUUCAGUUAAAGCCAGGGGCCAAUACCAUGUCUUUCAGCGUGAACAAAGCGACAUGUACAGCUUCAAUGUAUUUAUGGAAUGGAAAUACUCCGAUCGUGAUUUCAGAUAUUGAUGGAACGAUUACCAAGUCGGAUGCACUUGGUCACGUUUUGAACAUGAUUGGACGUGACUGGACUCAUACUGGAGUCGCCAAAUUGUACACUGAUAUUGUGAACAACGGCUAUAAUAUAAUGUACCUCACCAGUCGAUCCGUUGGGCAAGCCGAUACGACACGGUCAUACCUUUAUGGCGUCUGCCAGGAGGGAUACCGGCUGCCCAGAGGCCCCGUGAUCUGCAGUCCAGAUCGCACCAUGGCGGCACUGAGGCGAGAAAUCUACCUCCGAAAGCCAGAAGUCUUCAAAAUGGCAUGUCUUCGGGACAUUCUCAAUCUGUUUUGUGGGAAGGAGAACCCAUUCUACGCUGGGUUUGGCAAUCGACUGACCGAUGCCUUGAGCUAUCGAACUGUCAACAUCCCGUCCACACGGAUCUUUACCAUCAACUCCAACGCUGAGGUUUCCCUGGAUCUGCUCAGUCUCAACAAGUACAAAAGCAGCUAUGUAACUAUGCGGGAAUUGCUUGAUCAUUUCUUCCCCCCAACCAGUCUUCUGGUACAGUCCGGUGGUGAGGAAUAUACGGAUUUCACAUACUGGCGAGACACGCCGCAAGAUUUGGAAGAUUUCUCGCCCACCGACAGCGAAGAUGAAGAUGAGGAUGAGGAGCCUCUUGAUGAUGAAGCAGACGAAGAUGAAGAUGCGGACGAGGAAGACUCCGACGAGGAACUUAGCGAGGGCGACGACGACCUUAGCGACGAGGAAGGCACUGAUCUUGGUGCUAGUUACCUCUCACAAGGCUCGGUCUUGUCUAACCCAGCGGGAUCGAUCGUGGGGUCUGUGGAGGGAGAUUCAAAUCCUCUGGAUCAUGAAUCCGAUUUCGAGGAAGAUGAGGGCCUGCCAGAGAUGAUCAAACCUGCUGAUAUCAAAACCCUACCGAUUCGUCCCAAGUCCUCACGAAAUGCGUGA